AUGGUUUUACAGCUAUCGGAUGAUAAGUCUGGGCUCUACAAAGGGUUGGAGGACAAACUAAUGAAACAAGCUAUCAAAGAGAGUCUGAGACUGCACGGCUUGAACCAGCAGAACAUCAGCACCAACACGACCUCGACCACGCACUCCACAACCACGUCAGCCAGAAACACCACCAACACGCAUACGACAACCACAAACACCUUGGUACAGACAUCCAUGGAGACUCUAUCUAGGCAUGCACAUAGUACUCGCUCGGUGGAGUCGUCCCAUCACCCAGCGAGUGUCUGUCCAGUGAGUGAAGAUACAGAGGCGGGGCGAGCAAGGCGGUUGGCAGCGGCAGAGCGACGGGCCGGAUUCCAGGCACAAAACAAACCACUGACAGCGAAAGCUCAAGAUACAAAUCAAUCCAUAGUACAACACGGUAGCCGUGUGCCGCCGCAGAAAGGUGUCUCGAGUCAGUGUAGUAGGACAAUAUGCAAUGCGUGUGGUGUGGGGAGGGGUGGGGUUGAUAGUGGAACGGGCAGCAAGCAAGACAACGGGUUGCGGGGCAGGGAUGUAACAAAAAAGAAAGGCAAUCUCCAAAUUGCCAACGGAGGAGCAUACAUCGGCGCGAGUGACUCCCGGACUGUUUCGAUUGAGUUGUCAGUAGGGCCUGAUAGUAGUACAAAUACACAACACUUACGUGAUCAGAAAACACGUGCACUAUACAGGUCAACACCCGCGAAACACCGGCCAGCGUCAUUCGCACGUCGCACUAAGAGGACUGCAACUGAGCGGAGCCUGCACACGGACACCCCGGCGCAACAACCUACUAUCACUCAUACUACCUCUCAUACUACCUCUCAUACUACCACUCAUACUACCACUCAUACUAUCUCUCGUACUACCAAUCGGCCGGACGAUUCAUACACAGUCAUAUCAUUGGACAGCUCAUCGGGCGACGAUUCCGACGCGGACAUACUCAACACAACCUUCACGAAAGCGCCCCACACACCGCGCAGUAUACGCACCUCAGUGGCAUGGGAUACCCCUCACACCGACAAGUCCACUGUAACUCUAAAUAAGGCACCGCCGUCAAAGCGCGUUAAAAUCACACUUGUGAAUUUAACCGCGCCAAAUAAGCCGCCAGCGCCGGAUAGCCAUGUCAGCUGCAUUGUGCUGGACUCGGACGAGGACUUGCCGCAGAGUGCAGGCGAGAGCAACGUAGGUCAGGUGAAGCAGUGCACCUCCAACCGUGGCAGCACUAGCCAGCCCAGUACCCAGCCCAUUAGCAACGCCCGGGAUACCGCGGUAGAGCUGGUCAUUGACAAGCGAGAGCGCCAGAGCAACAGCUACUACACAGAGAUGAGCACUUGCAUCAGCGAGAAGGUGGACCUCUUAGCUCAGCGGGAGUUUACCCGGGCACCGGUAUCGGUAUCGGUUGUGAUUGAGCACGUCCCGCAGUCCGACUUUGUGUGGACGUCUAAGCCGAGUGGUGGGGUAAUGAAUGUGCUAAUGGAGCGGAAGGCCAUUCGCGAUAUAGUGUCGCGCUCGGCUACCAAUGCGCAUCUCGUGCAGCUCGCAACGAUGUGUCGCAUCUCGUGCAGCUCGCAACGAUGUGUCGCAUCAAUCCUCAGGCAUGAUCGGCCUCUUACAUACCCAACUGAAACGCCUAUUCAAAUCCCCGUGACCCCUCUAUCGCCACUCUUGUCACGUCACGUGUACAAUGCUGUGCGUAACACACAGGGAUUCAAUAUCCUUCUGCUGGACGGUGAUGUCAAAGAGGUCCACGGCGCCAAAGCGAUGCACUCGAGAAAGCACCUGCUGAGUUGCUGGGAUCCAGAUGUACGCUUCUUUGGUUACAUAGAUGCCCAAGAAGACCUGCAGCCAGCCGAAACGCACACACUCGGGAGGCCCCGUGGUCUACCAACAACCUGUACGGACAUCAGAAGUUCCGAACAUCUGCUGGUACAGAUGGCUGCUCUGAUUACGCACGGGGGCGUGCAGGUGGUGACUACGGGCAAAGGGAGUGGGCUGCUGGUGCAGCAUACGCUUGCGGGGUAUACCACGGCCCUGGCUGAGUGUGUGAUACCUUCGAGGAGGCCUGGGCCGCCGAGGGAGAGUAGUGUGUAUAUCGCCUAUGCCGGGUUUGACGGUCUGAAAGUGGCUAUGCGUAUGGAUAACAAACGGCAGAAAGAGGCGCAAGUGGACCUUGAAACAGACCAACGGGGUGCACAGCGGGAUCGAAGGGAACGCAAUGCAGCAUACGAAGAUCUGAAAGCGUACAAUUUGGCUCAAAAUAAACGCAAAAAGGACAACCAACUACAGCAGAUCAAACACGAGCGACACGAGCGUUGUGUACAGCACAUACAACAAGGACAUAAAAGGCCCAUUCUGGACACUCAACGGUACCAUAACCGAUCAGAAUUAGGAACACACGCCGCUGAGACCGCAGGCGAUACGCACCUGGGCCUUAAGUUUCGGGCAACGGCUACACUGGUAAGAGGCCCCGAGUGUGAGAGAGCACACUACUUCCACGCGUGCAGUAAAGAGGUACAGGUGCACUUUGAAACUAUCGGCCGCUUGGGUACUCAAGGGGAAACAAUCCCACACGAGCGGCUACAGUUAGUCACUGGCUCGCUCCUGCCCCCGGCAUACGCAGAGUUCCAGUGCUUUGCGAAAGACCUGGCGUCUGUGCGCGUGCAGGUGGCAUGGGUAGACGGAGUAGCUAAAUCUCAACGCCGUCCACCGCCAACGCCAUCGUCAGCGUCCGCGGCGCUGUAUGUAGCGUCCAGGUUUGUCGCGGACUACUUCCCGUCGGCAGUUGGGGGGGCUACGCAAACUACGGGGCAAUCCGUACCAGCGCACAUUCGGCGGUGCCUGGUGCUGAACAAGCUGGCUGCAGGAUUCGCCGCGCACGCUGAGGUGUACCAGGCGUACAACACGACCCACAGCACCACCGCACAGGCUGCGCAGCUGCCGUUCAGGUGUACUAUUAUGGAUGUCGUUGCUAUGGUUACCAGUAUCCUGACGUGUGAGCAUAAGGUCAGUUGUCUGUCCUUCGAUAUCCACGCAGAGGCCUACUCGGCGAUGAUCAUUCAGUACCUCUGCCAUGAACUGAGCAUCAGCGCCGGCGCCAAUCAAAUGCAUUAUGAAAUAACGGGCGUAUGA